CCAGAAGUUUUGUAAAAAGCAUUACAGUAGUCUCUGGAAGUUUCUUUGAAAAAUUAGUAGUGUUUGUUUGGGGUUGAAGUUGAAAAGACCGUUUCGUAUAUCCAACGUUUCAUUACAAAGACGAUUAUUGAUUCAUAAUUUAUUUUCAAUGUGUUUGAUAUACUAUUCGCUUAUAAACGUUGUAAUUGAGGAAUUGUUAUGCGUUCUUUUUUGUCUCAUUCUUUGCCAAUGUCAGUGAACUUCAGCGUACAUAACCACACACAACAAGUCGAUUCUUUAUUCUUUCGCAAGUUCACUUAUUAGACGAUUCUGCUAUGUCGUCGACGUAAAUAAGUAAGUAACUAAUAAGCAUGGAGGCUAGAGUGGAGAUACCUUCAAGCAUAGAAUCAAACUUUUCCUCAUUGUACAAAUACUCAGGUAAAAAUGCGGAAGUAUCGCAGCAGGAACGCCGCGACCAAUUUUUAAAGGAGCAGAAAGAAAAACGGCACAAUUGCGUCGAUAAAUAUCGGGAUUUGACGCAAUUUUUUGGGGAAAAUGAUGACACGGAAACAUCGGCGGAGCCGAUGGAGUGCGAGACCCAGGUUAAAAAGCGGCGAAAACCAAUGCCCUUUUAUUUAAUGAAAUCGGAAUGGUUUUGUUACAUUCCAGAUGACCUCGCCGAUAAUUGGGUGGUAAAGUUCGUGCCUGAAGGAUUUCGAGUGUUAGUGCUGGCCAAGAAUCACCGUACUGAGUGCUACAACGAAAAAGGCAAAAUGAUGACCUUAAAAACUUGUCUACCUGGCGGCGGAUUGGACAGGAAUAACGGUGAAACAGUGUUAGAUUGUAUAUAUAGCAAGGCAAGCAAAACAAUUUUUGUGUUGGAUUGUUUGCGCUGGAAUACAAUGCUGAUGUUAGACAGUGAAACAACCUUUAGAUUUUACUGGCUCAAGACAAAAUUCGAUGAGAACGUGACAUACACCCAAUCCAAUAGGGGACACAAAUUGGAACUUUUGAAUUUUGUACCUGCCCAAACGCCACUGAUUCAAGAUGAAAUGUUCAGACCAAUGGUUAUUGAAGGGCAAAAAGUGUUAUAUGACGGUGUCGUUUUCUAUCACAAAGAAUCCCAUUAUGUGCUGGGCGAAACUCCACUAGUAGGUUGGCUGUUUUCAUACAUGUUGCCAGAAAAAUUGAAUAUUGAUGUUUUGCCAGAGAAUAUGGCAAAAAUGCCUAAAAAAUACAAGUGCCUGGAAGAAUAUUUGGAAAGAAAAUACAAAAAGGCAGAAAAAAGGCGAGGAGAAUUGAAAAUGGAGGUUUCCUGAAUGGCCAAAAAUGUGUUUUAACUUGUUUUCUGUCUUCGUGUUAUGUUUUGCUUUUUAUUUACUGUUGUAAACUUUUAUAGGGUGAAGGCGCUCAAUAAAACAGAAUGAUUUAAACUAGGGAACAAUUUAAUG